UACCGGUGUAACAAUGUGUGGAAUUUUCUGUCAUAUCUUCCAAAACGAGAAAAAUGAUAAACAAACUUCGCACGAGGUAUUUAAUUAUAUAGUGGAACAUCUGCAGGGAUUUCAUAACUGCUCGUGGCCCUGACAAGUUGUCAGAACGAUUUGAAAGUUUGUCUUCAAAUUGGUUUGGUCACUUCGUUUCCUCUGUUCUGUGGAUGCAAGGUUCAAAUGUAAUCGAACAGCCUGCUAUUGAUUCGACUGGUAAUAUUCUCUUGUGGAAUGGAGAUAUCUUCUCUGGAAAACUGGCUCAAGGUGAUUCGUGUGAUACCAAUGCAUUAUUAAACGCCUUACAAUCUUCUUUGAACGUUGCAUCAGUGUUUGAAAGAAUUCAGGGCCCAUACAGUUUUAUAUACUUUCAGAAGUCCACUAAACUUUUAUAUUUUGGUAGAGAUAUAAUAGGGAGGCACAGUUUACUUUUGAGACUAACUAAUGAUGAGAACGUUUUAACUCUAACAUCUGUUGCUAGUAAAGAAUUAGACAGAAUCAUAGAGGUUCCUGCAAUUGGAAUCUUCGCUUUGAAUUUGUCUCAUUCGAGAAUAAAUCUUGCUUGUUAUCCAUGGAGGGAACCAGAUUUAAGAUUCACAGAUAUUAUCGAAGCGCUGGAAGCAAACUUAGGGGUAGACAUCGACAUUAAAGAGACGGUCUUAAAAUAUGAUACAUCAACGUGUCUGCAUUUGCAUCCCAAUAUCGAUGAUUUAGAAUAUCUGGAGAACAGUCCGUUCUUUGACAAUCCUUAUAAAACGUUAGAAUAUUUACUGGAAAAUAAACUUAUUCAGGAAAGGGUAGACAAUCUGUCGCAGCUUCUUCACGCCGCUGUUGAAGUUCGAAUAAAUAAGCAGCCAAAAUUUUGUAAAACAUGCAUCGCGUCAGCUUUAAACGAUGAAAGUAUAGUCUGCGAUCACGCGAAAAUCGGUAUUUUAUUUUCUGGCGGUUUGGACUCCGCUAUUUUAACGUUGAUCGCCGACAAAUAUGUAGAUCAGCACGAGCCCAUCGACUUGAUCAACGUCGCGUUCGAAAAGUCAAUUAACACGUCUAAAAGGAAUAACGAGGCGGAGGAUCGUUACGAUGUUCCCGAUAGGAAAACCGGAAAACAAACGUUCAUAGAACUUACGAAUCUUUGCUCGAAGCGGAAAUGGAACUUCGUAGAAGUGAAUAUCAGUCAAGCAGAAUUGCAGAAAUAUCGUUCCUCGCGUAUCUGCAAUCUACUCUAUCCAUUGUGCACUAUUUUGGACGAAAGUUUGGGUUGUGCUGUGUGGUUUGCGAGUCGUGCUAAGGGCACCGUGGAUUCGGAAAAAUACGAGUCCCCGUGCAGAAUACUUCUCUUAGGCAUGGGAGCGGAUGAACUGUUCGGAGGAUACAUGAGACACAGAACGAUUCUCAGGCACAAGGGAUGGGACGCACUGUCGCAGGAAUUGAAUAUCGAAGUAGCUAGAAUCUCUGAGAGAAACCUGGGUCGCGAUGAUCGUAUCGUGUCUGAUCACGGAAGACAAUCUAGAUUGCCAUACUUAGACGAGAACGUAGUUGAAUACGUUCAGCAAUUAAAACCAUGGGAAAGGUGUUAUCCCACGGAUAAAAUGCCGUCAGGCUUAGGAGAUAAGUUGCUCCUACGUUUGGUAGCGUGUAAGCUCGGUUUCCGAAACACUGCCAAUUUCCCUAAGAGAGCUUUCCAAUUUGGUUCCCGUAUCGCUAAUGGUAAAGAAAACGCCAAAAAUAUAUCGGAUCGUUUGUGAAACUAUUAUUACAUGAUAAUUGAAACGGGCAUUGAGAGGUUUGUAACGCAAUGCAAAAUUAGUGCCUCAAUCCCGGAAAUCGGGAAAUGGAUUUUUUAUUCUCUAAUGAGUUUAAAGCUAUGGGACUUUAUUUGUUUCGAUGAAUCCAGAGGAUCCCGAGUUAAGUUCUCUGAUUUUUUAUACUCUACCUCAACGGUAUGCCUACUUUCAACAAGACUGUGAUAGUUCAUAUAUGUUACAGUCCUUGCCCUUUUCAUGUACUGUAUUAAACUUCG